AUGUUCGAAUCACACUACAUCAAUGCCGCCAAUGUAAACAACUCGAACAGCGGCAAUUGCCCUCCUCCUCAUCCUCCGACACAGGCAACAACUGGAUCCUCAAUUAUACCGAGCGGUUCAUUUGGUGCUGCCAGUUCACUUGCCAGUGCUACAAUAUCGACAAUGGCCACAAGUAUUACCGGUACCGCCAGCAGUGGUACGAAUAGCCGCAAAACAUCCACUUCCGAUAGUCAAUCAUUACCCAAAUACUUGCAACAACUGUCACUGGGUGAACAUUUGGAUGUGGUACCCGAUCAUCGCUGUCCCCUCUGUUUCCAGGCCAAACGUCAUCAUGAGGUCAUAGAGGCUAUGAAAUACGAACGUCAACCUUGGCGUAUACGAGAACGCAUGAAAACUGCCAGUGUUGCCUUGGUACUGUGCCUAAAUAUCGGUGUUGAUCCUCCGGAUGUUAUAAAAAUUCAGCCAUGUGCUCGUCUGGAAUGUUGGAUAGACCCCUCGUCAGUGUCGGCACCGAAGGCCAUGGAUCUCAUUGGGGCCAAUUUACAAAUGCAGUAUGAACGCUGGCAGCCUCGAGCUAGAUACAAAAAAUGUCACGAUCCCACAGUUGAGGAUGUCAAGAAGUUGUGUACCUCUUUGCGACGCAACGCCAAGGGAGAACGUAUCCUCUUCCACUACAAUGGCCAUGGUGUACCAAAACCCACAGCCAAUGGAGAAAUUUGGGUCUUCAAUAAAACAUUUACUCAAUACAUACCGCUGAGUAUCUUUGAAUUGCAGAACUGGAUGGCUGCCCCGUCCAUCUAUGUUUACGAUUGCUCCAAUGCGGGCAUCAUCAUUCAAUCAUUUCUGCAAUUUGCCGAACAGCAUGAACGAGAAAUGGAAAAGGCCAUGGCGGCUGCCAAUCAACGUGUUCCCCCUGGGCAGGGUCAAACAUCCCUGCCAGCCGCAGUUAGUUACAAGAACUGUAUCCACCUGGCGGCCUGUUCGGUGGGUGAAAUUCUACCCAUGAAUGCCCAAUUGCCAGCCGACUUAUUUACAUCCUGCCUUACCACGCCCAUAAACAUAGCCCUCAAGUGGUAUACCAUGAGAGAGAAAUUCGGUUUGGUCCCCCGAUUGCACAGUGAAUUCAUCGAUAAAAUUCCCGGCAAGGUGAAUGAUCGUCGCACCAUGAUGGGUGAACUGAACUGGGUGUUUACAGCCAUUACCGAUACCAUAGCUUGGAAUACCUUGCCACGAGAGUUGUUUCAAAAGCUAUUCCGUCAGGAUUUGUUGGUGGCCAGUUUGUUCCGUAACUUUUUAUUGGCAGAACGCAUUCUGAGAUCGCACGACUGCACACCAGUUUCACAUCCUGCACUGCCGCCCUGCUUCCGUCAUCCCAUGUGGACUGCCUGGGAUCUGGUGGUGGAUUUGGCUCUGCAACAACUGCCCGAUAUUCUGGAGCGAGGUGCACCUUACAAACAAUUGCCUUUCUUUGAAGAGCAGCUAACCGCAUUUCAGGUGUGGCUUGAUCGUGAGUCAGAAUCACGCACGCCACCCGAACAACUACCCAUAGUCUUGCAAGUUCUGCUAUCGCAAGUGCAUCGGCUUAGGGCCUUGGAGCUGUUGGCCCGAUUUUUAGAUCUAGGUCCCUGGGCUGUAAAUCUGGCUCUGGGCGUUGGCAUCUUUCCAUAUGUACUUAAGUUGUUGCAGAGCUCGGCCAAGGAACUGCGUCCGGUAUUAGUAUUUAUAUGGGCCAAGAUUCUAGCUGUGGACCCGACAUGCCAGCUGGAUUUAGUUAAGGAUCACAAGUACUUUUUGGCAGUGUUGCAGGACACGACCGUGGCCAAGGAAUAUCGCACACUGUCUGCAUUUGUGUUGGCCUGUAUUGUAAAUAAAUUCCUAUUGGGCCAGACAAGUGCCCUGCAAGGCUCGUUGGUAUCGAUUUGCCUCGAACAGCUGAACGAUGAAAGUUGGUUGCUGAGGCAGUGGCUAGCCAUAUGUUUAGGUAUGCUGUGGCAAAAUUUUGAAAAGGCCCGUUGGUCUGGUGUUCGUGAUUUGGCACAUGAGAAACUAUAUCCCCUACUUAAGGAUCCAAUUCCAGAAGUUCGUGCUGCAGCUGUGUUUGCUCUGGGCACAUUCAUCAGUUCGGUUACAGACCGUUCCGAGGAACAUGCCAACAACAUCGAUAGGAUAAUAGCUAUAACAUUGCUCGAGAAUGUGGCCGAAGAUAUGUCGCCAUUGGUGCGCAUGGAAUUGGUUGCUGCCCUGCAAUGGAUGGUACUGCUGUUUGAGUCACAAUUUGUUACGGUAUAUAUGCAGGAGCAUAUGUCCUCGUCAUCGGUCAGCAGUGAACGUAGCGCCAGUGUUAGUCAUGUUAUGCCUGGCGCACCAAUCUCAACUGCCGGUGGCGGCGGGGGUCAUGGUGGCAGCCAUCACCAUCAUCAUUCCACUCAUAGCCUGGAACGACAUGCCACCAUGCGACGUGGUGUCAGUUCUAGUUCUAUAUCCAAUAUAAGCUCUUCGGCAAUACCCUUCCAGUCGAUCUUCUUGAAAUUGUGGCAGGGAAUCUACCAGCUAAGCCAUGAUCCAUUCCCCAAGGUGGCCGAAAUUGCCCGAGAGGUGAUCGGUUUCAUUAAGAAUGCCGCUCUAUUGUUGAUAACCGCCAAGGAGGCCGCCAAUGAAAAGUGCAUAAGCUUGAGUGUCAGCUUGCCGCCCAGUCCAAAUACUCGAGUUUCGUAUCUAAGUGGUGGUGCAGCUGGCACGGGUGAAUCGCCACCCACUGGGGUUGGGUGUGCCAACGUAAACCCUGCUCAGGGAAAUGCCAGCCCCUGGGCAUCCAAACUGCGAAAUAUGAAUGACCCCCAAGCCAUGUUGCAUCGUAAGUUACGCACAACGUCCAUGAACGAUGAAACUGAUAGUGCCGGUCCACAAAUUUCGAUGAGUUCUCAUGAAACCGCAGCAGCAGCCGGAGGAGGAGGUGGAAAUGGUGGUGAUGGUUCUGCCUCCGGUCACAGCAGUACAAGCGAUACAAACUUCGAGUCAAAGUCACAAACGUUGAAGCCGAUUGUGACCACCGAAUUCAUACCAUGGGCCAUAUCGUACUUUACACGUCCGGGAAAACAUCGUUAUGCCGCCGAUAAGGAUAGCGAACGCGUUCAAGUAUUUCCCAUUGAUAAAAAUGCGCCCGUACUGCGAGCUCGCGAAUGUCGCUUCCAACGUAACCGUCAAAUACGCAGCCAGGCUCGCAACCAACAGGCCAGAUCACUUCGCAUCGAUACGCAAAGUUGGAUGCGCAGGACGCAGUCGACACCCAGUCUUGUGCGCUUGCUUCCUUAUGAGCAACAGAUUGCCGUUGCAUACCGGGAGAAAGUACUUUUGUACGAUUGGCAGCGGAACACGGUUAGGACUUUAACUCCCACAACAGUGCCAUCAACGUCGUCCGCCUCGUCGUCAUCUGCCACAACGGGGCGCAAUCGAACCUCGUCGGCUUCGCCACCGGCUCAUGUGCCACACAACAACACAGCUGUGGCACGGGUCAGUGCUAUAGAGUUCCUAAAUUCUCAAGAUUUGCCGCUGACACUGGUUGGCCACGAAGAUGGUGUGGUUCGUAUUUGGCAACCAAAUGCCAGCAAUAGUGGUGAUGAACAGAGUCGUGAUUCGCACGGCCGUUUGGUUACAGCAUGGGUAGCCCUGCCCGCAUUGCAAGCAGCGUAUUUGGGUACCUCGCCCAGUUUGGGUUCUUCGUCGAAAUACACACGAAAGGACAUCGCUGGAGACGGUUGUGGCAUGGUUACAGCUUGGCAGCAGUGUUCCCAGCAGUUGGUGGUGGCCGGCGGUGCGAGUCGCUGCAUACGCAUUUGGGAUGUGGAACGUGAAUUGCGCCUAAGUGACAUUCCCAUUGAGCAUAGCAUAAGGGUGCUAUCGCCAUUCUCCAACAAUAUCGCCAGUGACAUUAUUGUGGGUGGUUGUGGCGAUGGCAGUGUACGGCUUUUCGAUAAACGUUGCGCCCCACAGGAGGCUAGCAUUCGUGUAUAUCGCGAACAUUCGGGUGCAAUACUUAGCGCUUGCCUGAGAGAUAAUCAGACGACGCUUGUCACGGGUUGUUCCCAGGGCAAAAUAUGUGUCAUUGAUUUGAGAUCGAAGGUACCCAAUGGUGUUCUAAGUCAAUGGGAUGUGGGCAGUGAUGUUACGGCCAUUGCAUCCCAUCAAUCGGUUGAUAUGAUAGCAUCGGGCAGUGCCAACAAGAUAACCAUAUACAGUAGUCAGCAGGGUGGUCGGGUGUUGAGUACAUUGCGUAGCAAUGAUAGUUUUAUGGGUCCGAAGAUUGGUCAUCCGACAUGUCUGGCUUUUCAUGUACACAGGAUAUCGUUAGCUGUAGGUUUUGUAGAUAAUACGGUGGCUGUGUAUGAACCAUCACCAGUUUUAUAAAUUGUGUAGUCGCUGGCAAAGUGAUGUCGAUAAAAAUCCUCAAACAUUUGAUAAUGUGCGUAAAUUUCUACAAGGCGAUCACAUGCUGGAGGCCAUCCAUCAAAUCAAAAAGAAAACCAAAUU